ACGCUUUCAACAAAACGACCUCUUAUGGCUUAAGCUGUGCCCAAAGACAGUCGCAGAUGCUCUAUCAGCGGCACCCCGCGCUUGCGGCACUAUUAUGGUUUUCAUGGCUGUUACAGCUACUUACGGUCGAGUCAGUCGUGGUUGUGGAUCUCGAUGAAAUUCCUCAUUUUGCAACCUCAUGGACGUCCUUGAACGAGUUCCGAAAGUGGGCGGAUUCGUUGCAGCAGGCACCGUCUUGGAACCAGACUCUCCAGGAGUUUCGUGCCAAACUUGUAGAGUCUGGUGGCUUAUAUCAGUCUGUUCACAGUGACAUUUCGAAAGCAGCCAAGGCGGUUGAAGGAGACGACUCAGACGUGGCGACAGAACUUGUCAAGCUGGCGCGUGGAGCUGUUUCAAUUGGACUUGAGUACCCUGAAUGCAAGGGGACCCGCUCUGCGAACCGGAAAUUGCUCUUGGCCGCCGACAGUGACGACGGAGACUGCACGACCGAUGAGUCAAAUGGCAGACUUCUAAGUAGACUUAUCAUAUACCAAGAAGGGAAAGGCCUGAAAAGCUGCGAUCGUGUAUGUAAAGAAAGCACGCUACGACUGGUUGAGUCGUGGCGAAGCAAAAGACAGGACGAUAAGCCAACCCGCAUAGCAGUCUUUUCACCUACGCCCCUUACCUCAUGCACCGCAGUAUCAUUAGCAAUGUCUGUCCGCUUUUUUGGCCCAUCGCCGAAUUUUACCGAGAUAGAUACUGGGCAUAUAUGGCAUGAUAGCCACGCGGCUCUCCUGAUUGGGGACGGCCACAGAACCUGCUUUUCCGAUGAUGCGAUGUUUUCAGAGCUACCACUUAAGGAUCGUCUGAAGAUGCGUUUGGUGGAGGGUGGACUAGGAUGCGAAGGACAUCUGGAUUCUAUGGACCCAUCUUCUUUCAAUCUGCUGUACAAAAGCCUCCUUAACACCGAGACGCCUGAUUCACUCACCGACCCUACAUGGCCUACGGUCCAUGAACUUCUAUCCGCUAACGUCAAUUUGCCUUCAACUCCUGAGGUGUCGCAGCCAGAAAAGUUUGCUGACGCGUUUCUUGAGCUGCCAUGUACGGCCUGGAAGUCUGUUCAGAGACUACGGUCUCCUAUACACAUCCCAUCACUGUCGGCGGAGGGACCGGCAAUCUCAGACAUAUUCUCAUUGAUGAGCAUAGCGCUAAAGUUGGCUAGCGUUAAUCCAACUGCAGAGCGUUUACCAGAUAUCAGCGAUGACCUCUUGAAGAGGGUGGCGAACGUGUGCCAAGUGUGUUCCGCAUUUGAUGACAUCUCGUAUGCUCGCUUGUACAAAGCGUUUGAUAAAAUGAAGCUGGAUGCAUGCAAAGAUACGUUACUCGGUGGCCUUGGACCUUUUCUGGAGACGGUCAAUAACAGCUCAAUCAAGACCGAGAACUUGUUGUUGCGUGUGGGGCGGAAUGUCAAAUUGGCAGACAGUACUCGAGCAGUGGUCUUUGAACAAUGCGAUCAGGGGAGCGUUUUAACAUUCACUGUCGAUGCUGAUCCAGCGCGAAUGCCCUCAAUGAUACGUUCACAUCUGUCGAAAACAUUUGAAGCAAAGGUCACAUUAUCGACACCUCUGUUGCAAAGAUCAGGGUCGAUGCCCACAGGCUUGCCUGCUUCUGCCAUUUUACAUGAUAAUGGGAAGCAAUUCAUAGUGAAACUGAAUAUCACGGAUCGGGAACUAUAUGGUCUAUACGACUUUGAUAUUACCUUCGCAGGUAGAGACCCAGCAUAUUCAGAGUUCCAAUUUAAAUCCUCAAUCAUCUGCUCGGACCCUCCUUUGGUCUUCAAUUCCGGAUGGUCAUCAGGUCCUCCCCAUCAGGAGCAAUGGAGAGCGCUGGAGGGGCUUAAUGGCUUCACUCUACCGAAACUGAAUGUUCCGAUCCGAUAUCAUGUGUUGUCGUACGAUCUGGCUUCUCGUCCUAUUACCGCGCCUUACCAUCUUGAUUCCCUAUUGUAUCUCGCGUCCACAUCUAUUGUGGUGUCCUUGCAAUCUGCACAGAACCUGAAUUUAACUAUCGCUAAAGUUCCCGCUCUAAUUCGUCAGCAUCUUGCUCUCUCCACUAUUUGUGCAAGUGACAACGAACCAGGUCUGAGCGCUCAGCGGUUCUUGUAUCGAACUGACAAUGUCAACAUUAGCGCGUGCCAUGGCAAUGAGCUGCUACACCUAAAGUGGGCGAAAGAAGCCGUCAUUAACGGAUGGCGUCUACCCAAUGUGGCGCUUGUUACCGUGAAAGAGAGCCAACGAAAAUUCUUUGUCGUAAAUGUUCAUAUCCCAAAGAUGAACGAGGACGACGCUACCCACCUCCUGUACCUCAUGGAAUAUUUCCGUAUGACCUACGGAUUUCCCAUUGUUGUCUCUGGUCUUUUGGGUGGUCAAAUUGGAAACCAGCACAUCGACGUUGCUUUGCAUAAAACUGGACUUUGGAGGAAUUAUUUUCCAGCGCCUCCGUUACUAACUACCACGAAUCAAAUGCUCUGGAUCCCGUCAUUGCCAGAUCCCAGCACAUAUCCCGAUUCGCUGCUUUUCAACCAACCCCUGAUCGAGGCCGUGACUCCCGACAGGAUGUGCUUGGCUUUACCGACAGGAAAUCUGUCUGAUUUCCCUAAGUGUGCAGAAAUUGGGAGCUACGCCACAUGGUACCGUAAAGAGAGCGGCGACGCUUUGGCAGACGACAGGCUACCUGCCCGCCACAAAACGUGCGCAGGAACGAUUGGGGCGCAUGUGCCAGUUGCAUACGAAGUGGAUGCAGAUACUCGUGAACAACCGUUGCGCCUCGUCACAUACAGCAUCGAUACUUUAGAUAGCUGGCGUUCAGAGGGAUUCCUGGACUCGUCAUAUCCAGAGUCCCUGUCUACAUACGACAUCAUCAUGCUGCAAGGUCUGCACGGCCUUGCAAGCCAGCCUGACACGGUACUGAGUGUACUGCGGAAUUCUAGUGUGGCGGGUGCUGAGACCUAUACGCACACUGGCUUCCUUGGAAAUAGCAUUCAAAUCUAUUGGCGCAGUACCGACAAGGGAUUGCGAGCACUGAAGUGUAUCGUAGCACCUGAUGGCACUGAUCAGAAAUCAGGGUCGUCAACCAUGGUCGGGUGCCUCUUUUCCUACGGAAAGAAAUCCUUCAUUGCGGCAACCGUUAACGGUCGCGCUUUCAGCAGGGAAAAGGAUGCACUUUUCCCUCUCUCGUCUGUCGACCUUUUCAAAAAGCUGUAUGGGAAGCUCUGCUUGCAUUAUGCUAGCCUACAAACGCCCCUUGACGGCCACGAUAUUGACUGUACGACCAAACCCAUACCUGCACUUCUUGCGGGCUCGUGGGAUUUGGAUGAGUUACACGUAAACCUGAAUUGGGAUGACUUUCAAGCUGCUUUGAAGAAGAUCGAAAUAUCAAUAGCGCAGAGACUCCAACCUGUCAACACUACGCUCGACAGAGUAGAAAUACUUCUUCCUCCGGAGCGUGUUAUGGCAACACCGGAGGAACUCUUUGUUCAACAGCAAAGCGGUACUCGACUGGGAAGUGUACUGAAAUGGUGGAGAAGCUCAAACGAUCAAACCAGUAAGCGCCUUUGGCCCUACUGGACAAAGUCCGAUGGCACUAUUUCGGACUUUCUGGUACUGUUCAAAGCUGAUGAUGAGAACAGCAUCCAAAUACCUCGCGAUCAGAUUCAUAUUGAUACAUUCGCGGGAUCUCCGCGAUGCGAGGGUGACGAUUUUGUAAACUUGCCUGCUUGUCGGAGAACCGACGCUCCUUGUGGCGAGGUUGGCGUACCGAUAGGCCUGAAAUUUGGCGCCAGAUUGAGAACAUGCGACUGAAAAUCCCGAGAAAUUCGGACUAUUACAAAGCUUUCUUUACGUAAAUAGUUUAUAAUUAGUAUGGUGCAGCACUUGAUUUGUGUAUGAACUGCCCAAUAGAUGUAGUAUCGUAGAUAGACAAAAUAAAUGUGCUUUUGGUUCUGAGCAAA